AUGGCGAGGUUUAUGAACAGGCAGCCAAAGUUCAGUUACCAUUGUUGUACGUCUGCUUCAUUGCUACGCUGCAAAACACCUUUGACUGGUUUUCUUGCAUCAGAGCUAUCUCAUGAGGUGUACUUAAUUGGCUGGUACCAGGAGUUAAAUGUUGUGUCUGGUUUUUGUCCAACUCCUGGUUCUGCUCUUGCUAGUCACAUGGAUGUGGACAAGGUGGCUUUCAGUGGAUCAACUGAGACAGGAAAAUCACCAUUAAGAGUGUGUGAAGAUGCUGAUGUUGACAAGGCAGGGGAACUUGCACACUUUGCUCUGCUCUUCAAUCAGGUUCAUUCCAUUUAUGCUAUAUCCUUUCCAUUCAAGUGUGCUAUGUAG